UUUUACCUAAACAAACAUAACCCAGAAAAUCUCAGUAAAACUUGACAUAAAAACAUAAUAAAAGGUAUAUUUGAAUCAAAAUUAUGAGCUCAAAGAAAGAUAUUGACGAAGCUUAUGAAAGAUUGAAACAAAUUGGUGAAAAUACGGUUGCUAACCUCGUCCAAUGGAUGAAAGACUCGAAAAUUCUACAAAUGGUGGACAAAUCCGAAAAGGAAGCCACGGAGAUGUUUAAAGAGGUCCACGCGCAACAGAAAGUUACUAAAGAACAAUUCGAUGAAGUCUUAAAGAAAAUGGCUGAAUCUCACAAGGAUGUCUUAGAGCGAAUGACGGCUAUGCUAGCGAAGGAAGGCCCUAGGAUUGUUAAUGCGAUGCAAGCAGCAGCUAAGGCUUUCGAAGACAAGAUGAAGCCUCCGCCGCAAGAGGCGAAGUCAGACUGCGUCAUCAGCUGA